AUGGAUGGGCGCAGUUGGUGCAGCUUGGAUGAGAUAGCGCCUCUUUCUCAGCUUAGGUAUCUUAUUUUACAUGGCCUAGAAAAAGUGUCUGCUAGCUUGUUGGCUAAAAAGGCCACGAUCAGCAGCAAGGGACGCCUUAGUUAUUUGCGUUUGCAUUGCAGCAGCGACAAAUACAUGCGGUUGACGGAUGAGAUCGAGAAGCAGCAACAGCAGAGAGCAAUCGAGAAGGUGUUCAAUAACCUCUGCCCUCCAUCCUGCAUAGAGAAUCUAGGUAUGAAAGGAGGAUACUUUGGUCGCCGGCUACCAAAUUGGAUGAUGGCGCCAGCAACAGCGGCCUUUGAGAGCUUGAGGUACUUGGACCUGGAUGACUUACCUUGCUGCACCCAUCUCCCUAGUGGUUUGUGUCAGCUCCCCAGUUUGGACGUGUUGAUCAUUAAAAGUGCACCAGCCAUCAAGAGUGUUGGGCCUGAAUUCAUGGGGUCCACCUCCUUGGCAGUGGGUGAAGGAGGUGUCGUCGCUGCUACAUCAGCAGCUUUUCCUAAACUGAGGAUACUGCAACUGGAUGACUUGAGUCAAUGGAAGGAGUGGGUCUGGGAGGAUGUGACUGCAGACGCCAUGGCCAUGCCUUCUCUCGAGUGUAUCAACAUCGAUAGCUGCAAAUUGAGCCGCCUUCCCCCGGGGCUCGCCAACGGUAAAAGGAGGCAUGCUCUCACAGAACUGAACUUGUACGGCUUCAUCAACCUAACAUACGUGGAGAACUUCCCUUCGGUUGUGGAUCUUGACGUGUUUGACUGCCCCAAGCUCAAGAGGAUCAGCGGUCUCUCCAGGUUGCAAAAGAUUAGGAUUCUCCGCUGCCCGAACCUGGAGGUGCUGGAAGGUAUCCCAGCACUGGACAGCAUGGAGCUUCAGGACAACACCAUGGAGACACUUCCAGGAUACCUGCGAAGUGUAAACCCAAGGUAUCUCGAUUUGGGAUGCGGCAAGAAGCUAUGUGAAUCCUUACUGUCAUCAGGUAGCUCCUCCGAGUGGGACAAGAUCAGCCAUAUCAGAACGCGGAAUAUAUAUGAACUAGAAGAUGAAGACUAAUGGCUGCACCGCUGGAUCCAAGAUGAUUCAAGUAUAUGUUCAGUGUCAGUUCCGUCGUGCGAUUUGCGUCCAGAGCGCCCCGCCGCCGCUGAGAUGCGAGCGAGAUUCGCCUGGCCGGGAUUCUCGCCGCCACCGGUUCGUCGCCCCCUCGACGGCGUCACCGGCCCACUGGGAUUCGCUAGAUCUGCCUCUGCUU